AUGCAUGUUUAUUCUCUGUACGUUUAGGGUAUCAAUCCGAAGGGCCUGAGGACACACUGACAGCCCUAAAAAGUUCCAUCCCUUUAUUUGGAAUACACGUUAUGAACCCUUUCUGGAGCAUGUCUACAGGUUCUGUGCGCAAGAGAUCUGACACUGAAGAGAAGACAUUGAGUGGAGAGCUUCGAACCAGUCCCCUGCGAGCCUCUGCAAAGAAACAAACCGAGUUGCCUUCUAUCCCAAAGAAUGCUGUGCCAAUAACCAAGCCUGCUUCACCUGCCAGCUCCUCCCAGUCCACCAAUGGAACACAUGCUUCUUAUGGGCCUUUUUAUUUGGAGUACUCACUACUUGCAGAAUUUACCUUGGUGGUGAAGCAGAAGUUGCCAGGUGUCUACGUGCAGCCCUCAUACCGAUCAGCUUUAAUGUGGUUUGGUGUAAUAUUCAUAAGACAUGGGCUCUACCAAGAUGGUGUGUUUAAAUUCACUGUCUAUAUUCCUGAUAAUUACCCGGAUGGAGACUGCCCGCGCUUGGUUUUUGACCUGCCUGUCUUCCACCCACUAGUGGACCCUUUAUCUGGUGAACUGGAUGUGAAAAGAGCAUUUGCAAAGUGGAGGAGAAAUCAUAAUCACAUAUGGCAAGUGUUAAUGUACGCUCGCAGAGUCUUCUACAAGAUUGAUACAACCAGUCCUCUGAACCCUGAGGCUGCAGUGCUGUAUGAAAAAGAUGUUCAGCUGUUCAAAAGUAAAGUGGUAGACAGUGUCAAACUAUGCAGUAGUCAUUUAUUUGAUCAGCCCAAAAUAGAGGACCCCUAUGCAAUCAUUUUUUCUCCAUGGAAUCCAGCUAUACAUGAUGAAGCUAGAGAGAAGAUGUUGACUCAAAAGAAGAAGCCAGAAGAUCAGCACUGCAAAAGCAUGCAUGUCUCUGGCCUGUCGUGGGUGAAGCCUGGCUCAGUGCAGCCCUUCAGCAAAGAAGAGAAGACGAUGCCCACUUAGCUGUCCUGAACACUGGUGCACAAAACACUUUCUGGGGGUGGAGGGAAUGUAACGGAGGGAGAAACAGCAAAGCAGCAGUUUCCUUCUUGACUACGGAUUAGUAAAACCUGAAUGGUAGCAGUGACUCCAGUAAACCUGUUCAAUGGA